AUGGACCCAGCGAUGAAUGUUAAAGCCGGAAUGAAGUCGCAGACUUUCCGGAACUGUAGGCUUCAGAUUGUCACAGGCGAGUACUCGCUUUCCACGCAAGAUGGGGGCGAGUGUGUCGUGGAUGUUUUCGACGACACAAACAAUAACUCGCUCGAUAUUCGCAUACGAAGCGGUGAGUAAUAUUUGUCGACAACAGCGCGUAUUUGUAUAUUCCUUAGCAGCUUUAAGGUGAAAGGUUUGUAACUUAUUUUGUUGACGGCUUUGUCCUGUUCAGGUAAUGAAUACAUGCCUAGUUUUAAAGUUACAAGAGAAAGCGAUCACUGCCAAAUUGGAAGAUUGAGGUAUUUGAUCGACCUACCGGAGCAGAAUUUGAGCGUCCUUCUAAGCUUUACGCAUCGAGAAGGUAAAUAUGAGAGAAUUUUACAAAAAAUAUGUUAGUAUAAAUCCAACAGUUGGGUGAAAAAAGUGUCUUUCCCGCGAACAACGCUUGAUUGCCAGCCAGCUCAUACAUAAUGAAUACGGUUUAGUUAAGCUUAUAUAUCCUUUUGAUGUUGCGAUACUAAUGGAAUCCAUUUCCUAAUAGCUAAUUAGUGGGUUUCUAAGGUGUAUUCCCUUACCACCAAAAAACGAGACCAAAUGACUUAAAAACAAAGACGGCCUUUGAUAAUUUUUUUAUUUACUUUUAAACUACUGGAAACAAAUAAAAAACUAGCCUUGUAACGGAGAGACAAAACAUAUUUCCAUUUCUUGAAAAUGCAUUAUUAAGAUUUACAAGGUGAAGUGAAUUCCAGUCCCUUAGUGAUUGGUGUCAAUUCGCUCCAUAUACGUGUGUUAAUUCACUUACCAUUGCCAAAAAUUAUUUGUUUAACAAAUGAUGUUGAAUUACUGCGUCUGUUUUAUAUUUCUAGUCUUUUUGUAAAUGUUUGUUUUAAACUAUCAAAUGUGACAUUUGUUUGAUGGGUAGUACUCAUUCAAAAGUCAGAAAAGGUAAUUUAUUUAGUGGUACAUCAGUAACCUUUUCUUCUUAUUGCUGUCAUGAUAAUGAAAGAAACAAAAGAGAAGUUUGUGUAGUGUUUUUGCAAGGUGGUUUCAUUAAAGCAUGAAACUGAUAAGAGCCAACAUGAAUCACAGCGAGGUGCUGCAUAGUAUACGCUAAGCUCAUGUACGUGGCAUCCUCAUAAAAUUUAUGUGGUGUUGAGUGAAAAGUUUGGCUGCCCCUCAACUGAGAUCUUGGCAAGCAGGAUGCGAAUCCUGGCCUUAUUACAUGUUAUUAACGGGAGGCUGUGCUCAGACUUUCUUUGGGCUGGGGGACAAUGAUGUUUCCAUGGGCGGAUUGAAGGGCACUCUGAGGGGACUGUGAACCCCCCCCCCCCCUUUUUUUUUGUAAUUUUUUUUUUUUUUUAAAAAAAUAAGAAAAAAAAAAAAAAAUUUUAUAUAUUUGGAAAGUUUCCCCAUCCCCCCCUUUUUAUUUUUUUUUUAUUCCCCCCUUUUUCUCUUUUUUUUUUGUUUUUUUUAUAUUUUUUUUCUUUUCGCGUGUCUGUUGUUUUUUUUUUUAUAGUUUUUUUCUAUGGGAAGGAGGGUGGGAAACCUGGGCUUAUUACAUGGUUUUAAAGGGGGGCUGUUGUCAGACUUUCUUUGGGGUGGGGGGAAAUUGUGUUUCCCUGGGCGGGUUGAAGGGGACUCUGAGGGGACUGUGAACCCCCCCCCCCCUUUUUCUUUGAAAUUUUGUACUUUUUUAAAGAAUAUAAGUAAAAUAAAAUAGUAUCUAUAUAGCUGGCAAGUGUACCCCCUGCCCCCUUUUUGAAUUUUCUGGAUCUGCCCCUGUUUUCCCUUCUUUUUUGGGUAAUAUUCAGAUAUUGCUAUACACAGGGACAGUUGUGUAAUUUUAUAGAGCUGCUUUUCAAAAUUUUAGAUUUUUUUAUGUCAGAUAAAUCUAGAAAGAGCAGUAGAUCUGCUCUUUGACAUGUAGGACAGCAAACACGUGUAUAUCAUACUUUCCUAGAUGUCGUUGACUUUAAAGAGCUGCUAAACGCAACCACUGGUAGGAUGAAAAAACGUUCAGUUUUCAAUGAAAGAACAGAAAAAGCUUCAGCCAGUCAAUAUUUUCAGGUGAGAAUAAGCAAAUGGCUGCUGGAGACAGGUGAUUGAACUACUUUUACAGUAAAGUUUUAUUCAUUCAAUGGAUUUCAAAGUUGCCAUUUGAGGUUAAAAUUUUGCAGAAGUUCUUUCAUUUUAAUUGAUGCACUUUAAGCAUAGCCAUGCAUCCAACUUGCCAGUUAGAACAUCUAGAAUGGUUUUGGUGCUAUAUUGAUUCUUGCAUGGUUUACUGUAGGACGAGGAGGAGGCAAGAUCUUCUGAACAAAAAUAUGAACUUGUUCUCUUUCUAGCUGUGGUUCAGUUUUUUCUUGGUUUAAAUUUUAUCUUUUAUAUUUUUUGUGGGUAUGGGACUGUAUGGUAGUUUCUUUCAAGCAGUGGGGUUAAUUAAAAUCUUAACCAAUGAUAACAUAUUUGACUAACAACAUAGUUUUACAUGAAAUAAUAAUUAUUAUUUUAUCGGGGCAUACUUUUCUAAGUUGCAUCACAAAAAUUCCUGUAAAAUAUCGGACAUCAUGUGAGUUUAUGUAACAGUGCUCUUCCUUAUUUUCACUCCCUAAAAGGUGUUUAACAAAUUUCAAACUCUCAUAAAAUAAGAAAAACUAUAAUUCCUGUUCACCCUAGAAUUUUUUUGAUAAAACAAAGCUCAAACCGAUCUUCUGUUAUGGUUGGUAUUGUCUGGCAUUAUUUAAUAAUGUUUUAACACCCUCAUACUAUAGAGAUUGUCAUGAAAUAUCAUCCCAUAACAUGUCAUUCACCAUGUCUAAACAGGGCUUGAAAAAACUUGAAUUCCAGCUUGUCCUGGUAAGCAGCUCUCAAAUUUUGCUUACUCAGGUCAAGGAUUUUUUUAGAGGAUGGCUUCCCUGGAGCCUUGCCUAUCGGGCAAGUAACGAAAAGUUCCGAAAGUAACAACCCCUUGAAAGUAGCAAACUUCUGAAUGUAGCGAUCCUUCCGAAAAUAACAACCCUCCAAAAGUAGAGACCUCAAAACUAAUUUCCCCAUUUUUGCAAAAAAAUGAUGGAUAUGAUAGACAUCCUGAAGAAAUGCAACACUGAUCUGAGGUAUAUCAAUAAUGAUUAUUUGACAUUCCUAUUCACAACUCUUAAAGUACAGGAUAAACACUACCCUUUUUCAAAAGUAUUCCCUUCAUUUUUUUUUUGCGAUUUUAUUUUUUGAAGUGCCCAUUUGGAGUACAUGUUUAUGUCAUUCGAAAGUAACGAUCCCCCAAAAGUAGCGAGCCUCCGAAAGUAGCAAUAGUAGAAGGGUGCUAAAUCCAAAAGUACAUGUAACAACGCUCAUUACUUUCAGAACUUUAUGGUCGACUUUUUAAAGUUACUUGCCCUGCAUUAAAAUUUUGUCCCAGACCACUGGAUGGGACUUUUUUCAAGCCCUGCUUAAAGAAGUUGUCACUUGUUUCCAUCUGCCAAACUGACAUUUUCCUCUCAGUGGCUCUCACAAGACAUUUCACUUUUCUUACAUGAAAUUUCUCUGUCUCUUGAAAUUUCUGUUUAUAAAAGUCUAAGUCUCUUCAAUUUUUAAGGAAAAAAAAAUCGAAAUGGCACGAGUAGGAUUCGAUCUUGGAGCAUCAGAGUGCAUCACUUUAACCCCUUCACCACCGAGGAUUUGCUGACAAUGAAUGGUUUGAUUUGAAUAUAUAUAGCAACAACCCUAACCCUAACCCUAACCCUAACCCGUACUUUGUGUACGAAUCAUUAAUCUGUCAACAUCAGUUUGGCGGAUGGAAAUAAGUGUUGACUGUUUAAAGGUCACAGGGUCAAAGCAAGUGAUCUCUGGGGUUGUUUUUCACACAAAUCCUCUUUGUUAGUUCUAGAAGUCCUUUGGAGAACAUGGUAGCAUAGUUACAUUGAUUUUAGGACUAAAUGACUCAUUGCUUUGUUGCAGUUUUAUGGAUAUUUAUCACAACAACAGAAUAUGAUGCAGGUAAUUAGAAGUACAAAUUACUUGGGAAUAAUGGUCUUUUUUAAAGAAUGAUUAAUGAAAAUGAGAUGAUGAUAAAAAUGAUAAUGACUGAUUGAUGGCCAUGAUGAUGAUGUUGAUGAUGAUGUUGAUGAUGAUUGACAAUGAUGAUGAUGAUCAUAGCGGUGACCAUGGUGAUGAAAAUGGCGUUGACAAUGACAAAGACAAUGACUUUGAUGAUGGAAAUGAUGAUCAAUAAAAGUAUGCCUGACAAAACUCUUCCUGGAUUGACUUCUUCUUGCUGUUUCAAAAUGAAACUAGUGAAACUGAGGAAAAAAAUUUGUGAUUAGGCCAGUGAGUAGGUAGGGGACAUAUAGAAAAUGUUUUUUGUAGUAACACCAUAACCCUCUCACCUCUAGAUGUGGUCAAGGUAAAAAGUCCAUAAAAAUUUCAAAAUUCUUUUUGUAAAAUCCUAAAAAGUGAGGAGCUCCAUGCAAAAUGUAUGCCUAAGAGAAGUUGCUUGAAUGGUAAAAGUGUAAGUGAUAAAUCACCCUGUCAUAACUUUCCCUAGAGGUGGGUAAGUACUUUGCAAUAAUAAGCAAUGUGACUCUUUUUCAUCAAUUAGGAUUACAUCAGAACAUCAACAUAUCAACGAGCAAUGUUGCAGAACUGUACAGAUUUUCAAGACAAGGUAUUUAAUAAUUAUCAGUCGUGAAAAAAGUGAAAUAUGCUUUGUGUUUUGUGAAAGAUAACAGAAAUCCAAGUGCAAUUUUGCCAAGUUUAAAUACCAGCAAUACCUUGCUGUAGUUGAAGUUAGCUAUGCACUCUGCACUCUGCACUCUGCAUUAUAGGUUAUAAAACUAUCUGACUUUGUCUGUUUACAGGUUGUGAUUGAUGUCGGUGCUGGCUCAGGUGGGAAUUACACUUUUCAUUGAAAGUUUUACCAGUUAUCAUACAUGUAACCUGUAGACAACUAUUAUAACUCUCAGCACUGUUGUCAGCAUGCAUCUGUUAUGUUUUUUUUAUUCACUAUUAACCAUUUGAAUUUUUCUUGAAGGGAUUUUGUCAUUUUUUGCCGUACAAGCUGGAGCGAGGAAGGUGUAUGCUAUCGAAGCCAGCACAAUGGCAACACAUGCAGAGGUACUACUCCUUUAUAGUUGAAAUGCUUCUAACUCCUGUUAUCUCAUACUUCCCUCUUGCUAUGGACCUUUGGAAAGGUUUAAGGUCAAGUCGCCUGAUAUCAUUUUGCCCAAAAUUAUUUUGCCCGAUAUUUUUAGUUAAUUUGCCUGCAAUGUUGAGUUGUCUCGCCUGAAAUUUUAUCAUGCUCAACAACAUCCUAACAUCCCUAUUACUCACCAACCACGCUUGUUUCGUGUCAUCAAGGCAUAAAGAACAAGGUAUAUUACUGGUUCAUUGCACUUGUUUCAUUUCUUCAAGGGUUUAAGAGUGAGAUGUAUCACACACUUAUCCCACAUGUCUCGUCUUAUGAUGGUUUAAAGAAUAUGUUAUACCACAAAAACUCUUUAUAAUUAUUUAACUUUAUUUUUCCACGUAGUACACCUGAUAAAAUUUUAGGCAACAUAACUCAUCAUUUCGGGCGACUUAACUAAAAAUAUAAGGCUACAGAACAUUAGUUUCUGGUGGCAUAACUUUGAGUGAGAUAACUUUCAGGCAACUUGACCAAUUACCUUUGGAAAUAGUACAAGCCUUGUGGCUUAUUUUCCUAACUUUGCAGUAUUUUUUAUGCUCUUCAUGGCACAGUCUGGAUUUUGCAAAUCCAGUUGUCAUGUACGUUACAUGCGUAUGCAUGCAUAGCCUGAGACAUCUGAACAUGUUUGUUGUAAAUAUUAUUUUUUUAUCUCUCAAUUUCAUAGGCUUUGAUAAAGCAAAAUAACUUGUCUGACAAAGUCAUUUUGAUCCCUGGAAAAGUGGAAGAGGUGAUGCAAUAAGCUGGUUUUAUUUGUUAGUAAAACAAUAAUCAUUCAUGCAGUUGCUUCGUGUACAAAAAAAUCAAAAAAAGAAACAUUGGGAAAACUUUAAUACAUAGUAUGAUCUUGCAAUCAAGCUAUAGAGAUGAGCAGUCACUUCAUCACAUUACCAUGGUACAAAUUUUUUGAUCUCAACCAACCAUGGUCCUACAAAUGCGGCAAAAAAAGCAAAAAAAAUUGACCUGUAGGACUUUCCUGUGAAUGAUUGCACUCGGGAAAAAAAUGGUAGCCCAUACUUUUCAUCCAUCAUUGGACAAUGCAAACUAUUUCAAGAAUGAUUGUUGAGUUUCAGAAAAUUUUGCUACCAUGGUAACUUGACAUCACACUAAUUCUUCUCUCCAUUAAACAGUACGUUUCAGUGAAAUAGAAUUAACAAUUAUUUUUAUUUUGUAGGUGGAAAUUCCUGAGAAAGUUGAUGUAAUCAUUUCUGAACCCAUGGGAUACAUGUUAUAUAAUGAGAGAAUGUUAGAAAGUUAUCUUCAUGCCAAGAAAUGGCUAAAACCAGAUGGUAUGUCUACAUGAUCUAUAGUUACUACCUGUGCAAGAGGUUAUUAGAACUCUAUAAAUCCACUUUUUCUCCAAGCUCCAAUCAACUUUUCUGGUAAUUCCCAUCUUUUUCAUUUUAUUUUCUUCAAUUGACCACAUUUUCUCAUUUCCCAUUUUCUUUCUGUAGUUUCCUGAAUAAAAAGUGCGAAAAGGGAGUUGAAACUAGCCCUGUUUCUUUUCUCCUUGUUCCUUCUCUUUUUCACACUUCCCAGUUCUCAUUCUGUUUUUUUUCCUUUGCCCCAAUUCACACCCUUCUUUUUAUCUUUUUUCCCAGUUAGUUCCUGUCUCUUCCUCCCAUUUCCCAACAUCCACCCCAUACCAUAAUGAGUUAUUUUCUUGGGAUUAUAUUUAAAAGCACAGUCCAACUUUCCUUUUAGCAAAAUUUCUUCCUGAAUUUUUUUAAACACUCAGAGUUCCCUUUCUUAUCAGGAUUGUCAAAAGUAACCAGCUGCUGGUGAAAAUCGCCGCCUACUUGGUUAGUAGCGGCCAGCUACUCUGCUUGGCAUUUCUUUACGAAUGAUGUUUUUUAAAUAAGAUAUCCCUGGACUGGUCACUUACUUUGACAACUCAGCUGUCUACGUCAAAACUUUCUGACAACCCUGAUUAUUUUUUCUUUCUUUCAUUCUUUCUUUUUUUUUCCCCUUUGUUACCAGGUAAAAUGUUCCCUACCAGAGGAGAUCUUCACGUUGCUCCAUUUUUUGAUGAUGCUCUAUACAUGGAACACUUUUCAAAAGCUAACUUCUGGUUGGUAUUUGCUGUAUAAAGUUAAAGUAAAUGAAUAAAUAAAUAAUGAUUUGAGGUAGGACAUCCACAGAGUGGUACUUUGUUUACCUGAUUCCUGGUUGAAUUGGAAUUAUUUUGGAAGUGUUGGUUUUUUAAGAGAGGGGAAAACUGGAGUACCCGGAGAAAAACCUCUCACAACAAAGGAGAGAACCAACACAGGGUUGUCAAAAGUAGCUGGCUGCUGGCAAAAAUAGCCACCUACUUGGUUAGUAUUGGCCGGCUACUCUGCUUGGCAUUUCUUUACAGAUGACGUUUUUUAAAUAAAAUAUCCCUGGACUGGCCGCUUACUUUGACAACUAAGCAGUCUACUUCAAAACUUUCUGACAACCCUGUAACAACAAGCUCAACCCACAUAUGGUAUCGACGCUGGGAUUUGAACCCGGGCCACAUUUGCGGGAGGCAAGUGCUCUUACCACUACGCCAUCCUUGCUCCCCAUAAAGCAGUGGUUAGUGCCAUAUUUGAGAUUUGUUUUCAGAAUAAUGAAGUAGGUUUCCAAUCAGUAAAUUUUAUACAUGUGUAUGUUUACAGGUCAAAUUUGACUUCAGGUUAAUGUUGAUUUAACCAGGGUUGAUCCUCAAUUUCCUGUGACUCUUAGCCCUUAAAAGCAAAGGAAAUUAAGAGUCAACCAAGGUUAAAAACUUUUAGCCUUGAAACAAAUUUGACCUGUAACAUAUACAUACUGAAUUGUGUUCCAUAUUAUUUGUUUAGGUAUCAAAAUUCAUUUUAUGGAGUGGAUCUGUCAAAUCUGAGAGACUCGGCCUUAGAGGAAUAUUUUCGACAACCGAUUGUUGUAUGUAUUACUGUUUCCUUUAUAAAAUGAUUUAAUACAGUGUAUGACUUUUGCAUUCUGAUCAAAAAAGGCCUAACACUUAAGCUGUAAGGAUGCACAUGAUAAAAAAAGUGACGAAAGAUUUACUAAUAUCAUUUUCUGAAUAACUUGAAUAAACAUAAUACUAUACAAUCUUGCUACUUCUCAUCUGUGUUUCUAUCAAGAAAUGUUAAAGUUCUAUUAUUUUCUUUAAAUGGUCACAUUGUGUGAUUUCUCCUACAGCCAUGAUAGUUUUCACCAUGUUAAAAACAUGUUUUCAUAUUUAACUUUGAGCUUUGUAGGGUCCAGCUUGUAAUAUAGAAAUUACUCUGACUAUUACAAUAGAGAACUCUUGCCAAAGUCAAGUGUUUAGCACAAAACAUGUAAUAAUGAUCCUUAAAAAUAGGAAUUUUUUGUGAAAUUAUCUGUUAGAUACAAAUCUUUCUUUUGUGAAAUUCUCUUUAGGAUACUUUUGAUGUACGCAUUCUGAUGGCCAAGCCUGUGACACAUACUGUAGACUUUCUUAGUGCAGCUGAAGAAGAUCUACACAGGUACACCAACUUUCAUCAGUUGGUAUUGUUUUUGUUUUCUAACUGCAUGGCAGUGGCAUCUUGCAUUCAAUUAUUAGAUCAAUUGAUGUUAAAAUUUGCCAUGUUAUGCACAGUGUAAAAAUCUUUUAUUAUCAUAUAUCAGUAAACUUUUGAACUAACAUGUCUUGGAGGUUUUUUGUAACCAUUAAUUUGAAUGUUAAAAUUUCAGGAUAGAAAUUCCCCUUCACUUUGUAGUACAUUCAGCUGGCACUGUUCACGGUCUUGCUUUCUGGUUUGAUGUUUUAUUUCAAGGUAGCAGGUAAGUUGUUGUGAUCAAAAUUUAUUAAUUUGAUGAUUGUGUCUGAAGUAUGCAUGGCUUAUGUUAAUAUUAUUUUGUAUUAAACAAUGGCAAAAUAAGCUGAAGUGAAGUCACUAUAUAUCAUAUCCUAUUUAAAUUUGACUUGAAUAUUUUAUCAAGCUUUUGAAAUAAAACUUAUACCUAAAUGCACAUUUUUAUCAUAUACUUCUUUGUUAAUUCAAGGGUAUUUUGCUGAGUAAAUCAAAUCAUGAUUUUCAGAUACUCAUUACAUAUUAAAAAUUUGUUUUACUUAUAUUAAUUUUUUUGUCCCAAAUUGUCAAUUGGUACUUAUUUCAAAACUUAUAAACUAUUGUUCUACAGAUCCUUGUUUAUUUUUCCCCUUUUUGGUGAUUAAAGAUUGUAUUUGUUCCUUAUAAAGUGAUGUUUUACUUUGCCUGACAGUGUUCCAGUAUGGCUUUCCACUGCUCCUCAGGAACCCCUUACUCACUGGUAUCAGGUAAAACAAAAUAUUUGCAAUUCUUCUUCAACAGAGACCUUCUGAUAGGGCUCAAAAAAUGUUGUAAAUUAUGUAGAAAUUCCAGAAGAUUUAAUUACGUGGCAAACUAUACACUAUAUUUAAGUUGUUUCUUUCUUUCUGUCUUUAAUGAAAGCUUAUUACAUUGAUUGCAACCAUUAUCUUGAAAGACAAAAACAACCUCUCCAACUUCUACCUCUCUCUUGGAAUCAUUAAUAACAAUAUUGGUUGACUAGCCCUAAAUCUCUGUCAGUUGAAGCGUCCUACAUGGCAGAAGAGCAUUACUUUCAAGAAUAGUAUCAUCCCUAGCACUGCAAAAUACACCUGCUUUGUAGGUUAAUUUGUUCCAUAACUAAUAUAAUUUCUGUUUUAGGUUCGAUGUCUUCUUCGAAGUCCAUUAUUUGUAAAGGUUGGACAGUCCCUGUCAGGAAAAGUACUUCUCAUAUCAAACAGAAGGUACAGAUAA